AGAAAGAGAGAAAAAAAAACGAGAGAGAAAUAUAAAAAGAGUAGCAGUGAGUAGGCCUUCUGUCUCGUACCAAUUCGCCGAAGGGUGCGAGAGAGUUUCGGUCGGCCCCUCAAAAACGAGAAUCACCCACCGUCGUUCGUACGUUCGUUCAUUCGUUCGUUCGUUCGUUCGUUCGUUCAUUCGUGCUACUUUAUAUAUUAUACUUAGUCCUAUCUCUUUUUAUCCGAAGAUAAGUAAAAAAGAAGUACGAAAUAGGGUGAACUAAUUGGCAAUACGCGCUUAAGUAUUCGAGUUUUCCCGCGAAAUUUCAAUAUAUCGUGCCUUGUGUGAGAGAAGAAGACGUAAGAAGCAUCCUCGAGUGAUUGCCGCAUCUCGUAAAGCUCUUCGAAGAACCCCGACGACCGUCCUCGAUAGAGGACGGAAGAUAAGUCCCGACAUGUCGGCGUUGAGUACCAGCUCCUAUAGACCUGGAAUAAUUAUUUGCCUGGUGAUCUUCCUGGUCUCGCAAACCACCCAUUCUGCGCCAGUAUACGAGCAGGAUACCACACAAGUUACAGAGUACGAUGGAGGUGCAACAACGGGCUGUUAUUACAACUUUCAACAUUACCAGGAAGGUGACAGAAUCAUAACGAACGAGCCAUGCCUGAACUGUACGUGUCAUAAUCGAAUGUUGAUGUGCUACUUGAGAGUUUGUCCCUUCUCAAAAGCCAUUGGACAAGACUGUACGGUAGAAAAAAGACCUGAUCAAUGUUGCCCCGUAAUCACUUGUCCGGAAGUACCGGUGCAAUUGCUUACAUCGACUACCAAUACUCCAGCAUUAUCUGAUUCGACGGAAGUUGGCUUCCAUGAUAAUUAUGGGUGCAAAAUGGAUGAUCGGUUUUAUCCCGAUGGUGCCCAAUUACCAAUCGAUUACCAAUCGAAUCCUUGUGAGCUUUGCUACUGUAUUAGGAACAGAACCGCUUGCGUUAUACAGCAGUGCACGCUACGCGUGGCAGGAUGUAGACCUGUCUACAAAUCGGGUGUAUGUUGUCCGGUCAAGUACGACUGCGAAUACGAUGAAGGACUUGAAACUACGGUUGGACCUGGUCUCAUCAUGACUACUACAAUUGCCCCUGGUGCAGUACCACAGUGUUAUUACGAAGGUAAAAUUUACGAGGACGGCGAGUUGAUUUACUCGACACAACCUUGCCAACACUGCUACUGCUUCCGUGGCGAUAUUGCUUGCGCUGUUCAAAACUGUGGAACACCAAUGAAAACGCAUGGAAAGAACUGCACUGCUCUUCCUCCGCCCGAAGGAGAAUGUUGUCCGACCACGUAUCAGUGUGAAGACGAUGGUCUAAACGGAAUAAUAACCAUACCAGAAGGUAUGGAACAAACCUCCGAAAUUAGUCAAGUGCAACCAAUGGUAACUAUUCCGGAGAAUAUCGAAGAGGCAGAGAAACAAGAACAUGAAGUAACGAGCGAAUCAUUCAUUGGUGCCGACAACGCGAUUCCACACGACCAUGAAAUUAAAGUAGAACACACUGAAGAGCCUGUUAAAGCUGAAAAAUCUGCGGAGACGACGGAAAGAAAAGAUAUUCCUGAAUCAGAAACGACCCAUGGUUCAGAGGAAGUAACUCUUCCCGAAGAACACGAAACGAAACCGGCUCCUGUAGAUGAGGAAACACAAAUUAUCCAGGACCAAAAAACAGAAACGCCUACCUUGAUAGAAGAAACUGAAAAACAUACUUCGAUCGAACAAACUGAGGUACCUCUUCCAACAGAAAAGAUUACAGUGCCUACCUAUACGGAAACAUCAGAAAUGCCUUUUGUCGCAGAAAAUACCGAAAAGCUUACCACCGUAGAAAACACUGAACCACCUGUUUCUGGAAAAGAAACUGAAGUUCCUAUUGUUGUAGAACAACCAGAAAGUUCGUCCGUUAAAUCAUUCGAAGGUGAACAAGAAGCAACUGAGAUUUCGAUAACCGAGAACAUCCCAACAUCCCAAUCGUCUGUAGAAGGAUUAAACAUAGAAACAGAAACUUCAACGAUAGAGCAAAAAAUUGAACAACCAGAAAGUACCAAAGAAACUGUCACUGUAGAAGAACAACCAAUAACGACUGAAGGUCCAGUGAAAACAGAAGAACUAACUGAAUCUCCAAUUAGUGAACAAGAACAUACUGAGAGUAUAUAUGAAUCUGUACCACCGAAAGAAACGAUCAAUGCUCAGGAACCAAUUGAAGAAUCUGGAAAACCAACUGAAGCAAUAGUACCCACUGAAGAAGUGUCGGAGAAAACCAUGGAAACAAUUGACCAAGACGAAAGUAUAAAAACUAAACCAGUUGAAAACGAAGAACAAGCAACUCCUGAGACGAAAGAAACUGGAAUUCCGCAAGAAGUCACAGAAAUAAUCAAAGAAGCCACUACAUCAAAACAAGAAGAAGUUACUACAUCAAAAUCAGAAGAAGCUACUACAUCGAAAUCAGAAGAAGCUACUACAUCGAAAUCAGAAGAAGUUACUGCAUCUAAAUCAGAAGAAGCUACUACAUCGAAAUCAGAAGAAGCUACUACAUCGAAAUCAGAAGAAGCUACUACAUCGAAAUCAGAAGAAGCUACUAUAUCGAAAUCAGAAGAAGCUACUACAUCGAAAUCUGAAGAAGCUACUACAUCAAAACCAGAAGAAGCUACUACAUCGAAAUCUGAAGAAGCUACUACAUCAAAACCAGAAGAAGUUACUACAUCGAAAUCAGAAGAAGUUCCAACUGAAGAAAUAGCUAUACCUGUUUCUCCCGAAGUAGAACCUGUAACAUCCGAAAAAUCUGUUGAAGUUAGCGAAUCAGGAGAAAUUAAACCAGCCGAAAUUACUACCAAUUUACCACAGGCUCAAGAAACUGACCAACAAUAUCCAUCUUCAGAAGCUGGUAUAGAGAAAAAACCUGAAAUUCCAGAACCUGAAUUGGGGUUGAAAGAUAAGCUUCCACCUCUUGCUCCUAAAAAAGAUGACUUUGGCCUAUCUAAAGAAGAAAUUAGUCAACAGGCUGCCAUCGAAAAAGACCAUGAAACAGAAAAAGACAAACAAAUUUCUGAAAGUACUCCAGGAUACAAAGCAGAAGAUAAAGAAUCUAUUCCGGAAAUCUAUUCUGAAAGUAACAUUGAUACUAAAAAACCAGAAAUACAUAUCCCUGAAAAUCUUGUAACUGAAAUUCCAGAGAAAGUCUUUAAGUCUGAAACAGAUUCGAUUCCUCAAAGUGAGACGUCUACUGAGCACGAAGAAAAUAAAGUAACAACUGAAAUAAAAACAGAAGAACCUAUUCUUCACGAAGUGACACCUGGUCAAGAAGAAAUAUCUACUUCUGAGAUUACUCCCAUUGCUUUAGACACUAAAACCAGUGAACCUCAGAUUCCUACAGAAGCACAAACUAUACAAGAAGAACUUCAGCAUACUGAAAAAUCAAUCGUACCUGAAGAUUAUAGCACGAGCACAGUAGGUCCUGAAGUUUCAUCAACUGAAAAAAUAACUACCGUUGAAGAAUUACCAACCAAAGGUCUUGCUUUAGAAGAAUCUGAAGAAACUUCGUCGGAAGAAGUAACUUCUGAAAUAUCUAGUGACAGUGAAGAAACAGGAAAAGAACAAUUUAACGAAGAAGAAGGUAAAAGUGAAGAUAAAUUACAUAAACCAUCUCCUGGAGAAAUCUCGACCGAAAGUUCUAUUUCUGAACAAGAGUCAACUAGCAGUCAUACAAUGACUAGUACAGAAGAAACACAAGUUACUAUCAAAGAAAUUGAACAAAAAGAAUCUACAGAGACAUCAAAAGUUGAUGAAUCGAAUGUAACAGAACAGAACGAACUUACGGAAACACCAGAAGUUAGUGAGCCAAGUGUAACGCAAACUGUAAGCGAAGUUGAAGUAUCUGAAACAGAAGCUCCAGAAGAAACACAAACGGUGAAGGCAACCGAACCAACUGCUGUAAGUGAAGAAGGAACUAUUGCUUCAGAAAUUGCGAGUGAGGAAAAUAUAACAAAGAAGACGGAAGAAGCCUCGACAGAAAAACACAUUCCUGAAGUACCUGAAGUUACUGAAAGUACCAUUCCGGAGGAAAUACCAGAGCAAUCGGUUAUUCCAGAUAACAAACCAACAGAAAGUGUUGAACAAAUGGAAGUACAGACAUCGGUACCUCCUGUAAUCGAAGAAGAACCUUCCAUAACAGAAAAAUCAACAGAAAUCCCAUCAUUAGUUGAAACGGAACAUAAAUCAACAUUGAUUUCUGAAGAAACUACGACUCAAAAAUCUGAAGAAGAGAACAAAUCUGAAGGUAUACCCACAAAAGAAAUAGAACUUACAGAGGGAACAUUAAUCGAAACACAAAUGACCGAAAAAUCUAUCACUGAAGAAGAAUCGAAGGAAGAAAAGGAGACUGAAUCUUCCGUUACUGACAAAUAUGUAACAACAGAAACUUCAACUGUAGCAGGCAAAGGUGUAGAAGAUUUUAGUAAUCAAUCAAAUGAAAGUAUAAGCGAAGGUGGAGAACAGGAAAUUCAAAAACCAUCCUUUGAAGGCAAAGUAUCUACUGAAGCUACUAUCGAAGAAGAAAAAGAAAUCGUAACUCCUCUUGAAAAAGAAGUGACAGAGAUUAUUACUGAGAAAAUAACAACACAAAUUUCAAUUACUGAACGAUCUGAAGUGUCUACUGUGAUCUCAACAGCUGAGCAAAAUGUUUCUGAGGAUAAAACGACAGAAAAAUCUUCCGAACAUCCUGUAAUAAGCGAAUCAACUACUGAACUUAUCAGCGAAACAGGACCUUCUGUAAGUGAAUUGGAAGUGACAGUGAAGCCUCAUACUGAAGAAAAACAACAUCCAGAAAUCGAAACUUCAGUGACAGAAGAAUUAUCUACUGGAACUUCAAUACAACAAGAUGAAUCUACGUCCAUUGAACCAAUUUCUGAAGAACAAAAAGAAAUCUCAAGUACUACUAAAAUAUCUAGUGAUGUCGAUCAAAGUACGCCGCAACCAGAAGAAUCAUCUAAAGAAUCAACCGAGGCUGUGAUUACUGUUGAAUCGUCUACGACAACCAAAGAACAAGAAAUUGAAGAACCCACCAAAGGCAUUUUUGAAGAAAAACCAAGUGAAGAGGAGAAACACGAAUUGCCCAGUUCUGUUGAAACAUCGACGGAAGUACCAGUAAUAAAAGAAAUAUCAGAAAUACCCGAGAUGGAAGAAAAACUUCACGAAACAACAAUAAAAAUUGACGAGGAGGAAGCAACUACAGAACCUAUCGAACCACAUGAAAAACAAUCAACAAUUAAGCCUUACGAAGAGGAAAUGCCUGCAGUAGAAUUAACAUCUCCCUCAUCGACAGUAACUGAGGUAUCAUCCGAAAGACCGAUUGAACAUUCAACUGAACAAGAAUUUACAAAUGUUACAGAAGUGAUGCCAACAAAUGAAAUAACUGAAUCAGAAGAAUCCAAACCUAUACAUCCAGAUAUACCUGGUGAAGGUAAUUGUCUUGUUGAUGGGCAAUCUUAUAGUAAUAACUCGGCCAUACCUCCCGCGAAUCCUUGUCAAUUAAGUUGUCAAUGCAUUAGUAGUAUCAUACAAUGUGAACUUAUGCAGUGUCCACCACCUCCAACUCAUCUGUCUAACUGUAUGCCAGUACAUGCAAGUGGAUCUGCAUGUUGCCCCAUAUACACAUGUGACUCAACUCCUACAGUUGAAUUAGAAGCAGACAAUCAUAUAAUUGAACAUCAAACUCUGAAGUAUGAAGAAGAAGAGCCAAAGCAUACAACUUUAAUUCCCAAAGUUACAGAGAUUCCAUCAGGAUCUAGCGAUCAUACAAUUGAAGAAGAAAGCCAAGAACAUGUACCAUCUCACCCACAUAUUGUACUAGAUAAUGAAAGUGAAACAAGAAAAGAAAUGCCACCAGUAGAAGAACAGGUAACUAAUAAACCAAUAACAUCUAUUACUGAAGAAUCUACUAUUAUUGAAGAACAUAAAACAUUAGAAGAAGUUCCGUCGAAAGAAACUUCUAACGUAACUCCAGGUGAACAAUCUACAGAAUUUACAUUAUCAACUACUACACAAAAAAUUGAAGAAGUUACUGAACAAGAAAAAGGGAUCAUUAAACUUUUACCCUCUACCGAGGAAUCAAUCGAAGAACAAACUACUGAAAAAGAGUCAACGAGUUUCACUGUUGAAAAUGUACAUGAUACAGAAAUUGUGACACAUACAUCAGCUCCUGUUACUGUAAAAACGGAAACUGCUGUUUCAGUGGAAGAAUCUGAAAAAAUACCUGAAGAGAAACAACAAACAAUUAUACCUACUUUACCAAAAGAAACAACUGAACAGGAAGAAACCAUAAGCGAAUCUUCCAUACCUAGUGUCUCUGAACCAUCUAAUGAAGUAAUAAAAGGACAAUCUGAAGAAUCUAAAACACCUGGAGAUGUUCAAGAAGUAAGCAUAUCUACUGAACAUGGCAUUACUGCUACUGAAGAAGAAAUAACACAAAGUACAGAAAUUAAAGGACAAACAAAACCAGAAAUAGAAUCAACUGAAGGGGAAAAGUCUGAAGAACAAACUGAAGUAACAUUUGAACGUCCAGCUGAACAAGAAUCUACAGAUAUUACUAAAUUAAUAACAACAAGUGAAAUAACUCCUCAAGUAUCUGUAGAAACAGAAACUAAGCCAAUUGAACAUAAAACAGUAGAGACUGAAAGUGAAACUUCAAAUAUAAAUACAUCAGAAUCCACUGUAGAGACUUCUACCGAGUUUCAAUCACUCAAUACAGAAGAGCAAACCGAUAUUUCUGAAACUGCAACUAUAACUGAAAGUAAAUUUGUGUCAAGUGACGAAAGAAUAACUACUACACCUACUAGUGAGAGCAGUCACUCUACGGAAGUUCAAGAAGGUGAAAUUUCACACGAAGACAAAGACAAAACAAUAGAGCAGACUACAAAAUCUACUCUUGAGUCUACGGAAACACCGACACAACAACCUAAAGAUAAAACUGAUGCUCCUAUAGAAUCCGAAGAACAAGUAGUAGUACAUACAGAAGAGACACCGAAAUCAGAAACAUCAGAGGAAACAGAAAGCAGUACUUCGACAAAGGCAGAACCUAUCGAACCUAGUGUUACUGUAGAAAGUGAAACUUCUGUACCCCCCAUAGAAGAAAAUACAGAAUCAAUAAUUUCAGUAGAAACUCAAACAUCAACGUUUGAAGAACAUAAAGAAAUGGAAGAAAUAACCGAGAAAUCCGAAUCAACACAGAAAGAAGAAAAACCAGUAGAAUUUACAACGGAAAAAGAAGCUUCUGAACUUACCGAAGUUGCUAUAACAGAACAGAGUAUGCCUUCGAUAGAUCUUACUACAGCUACUAUAGAAAAGCAUGUAACGACAAUAGAAGAACAGACUACCAAAUCAGAAGAAGAACCAACUAAAGGACCGGUUCAAGAACAAACAACUCUACCAACUUCUCCGAUACAAAAGGAAAUAUCUGAAAUCACUACACCGAAAGAAGAAAAAACAACUGAAGAAAUAAGUCAAAGCGCCAUUACAGAAGAGCAAACUAUUUCACCUGGCAUGUCAACAAUUCAUGUUGAAGAGAACCAACAACAACCUGAGGAAAUUACUCAGAAGCCUCUCGAAAAAGAAGUAUCAACCUCCGCAACUAUUACCGAAGCACAACCUAUCUUACCUGUAAGCGAAACAACGGAACAGCAUCCAGUCGAAGAAGUUUCUCUUGGCGAUACAAUUUCUUCCACAGAAAGACCAGAUUCAGUAACAGCUGAUGUAACAGAACAGGCUGAGCAAGCGGAAGAACAGAAACCUAAAGACGAAGAACAAGUGCAUAAAGAACAGACAACUGAAAUUUCAGAAGUUAAUGAAGUAACUCAAAUAUCAGUAAGUCACGAAGAAAAAACAGUUGAGUCCGUUACGCCCGAAGAAAAACCAAUUGAAGUUCCAACACCAGAAAUAAAACCAGUUGAAUCCUCUACAUCAGAAGAACAAUUAAUUGAAUCUUCUACAUUAGAAGAAAAACCAAUUAAAUCAAGUGAAGUUUAUACACAGGAGGACAAAAUAAUUGAAUCAUCCACAUUGAAGGGACUUGAAUCAACGUCUCAAGAAAAGCCAAUUGAAUCAUUAACACCGGAAGAAAAACCAAUCGAGCAAUCAACACCAGAAGAAAAAAUCACUGAAACCGAACAGAAAACAGAAACUCCAAUCAGUGAAGAACAAACUUUUAAACCAUCUACAUUUGAAGGAGAAACAGAAAAGACAACAGAAGGAGUUAUAAUUAAAGAAACUCAAACCGUUGCAGAAGAAAGUGUUUCUGAGAUACCUGUAAAAAUUAGUUCGACCGAAACAAUACAAGUAGGUCCCAUUGAAGAACAAACUGACGGUGAAGCAGAACAACAUUCUGUAACUCCAAUCAAAGAAGAAAAAUUAGGAACACCAGAAAGUACGGAAAGUAUUUUAAUAACAGCACAAGUACCAUCAGAAGAAACCGCUGCAACAGAUCAUACUAUAUUUGAAGAAAAAGCAACAACGAUACCAAGUAUUCAUGCUGAAACAGUUCAACCUACAGAAGCACCAGUACAUAUUGAAGAAGCUCCUUCCAAAGAUGAAAUAGAAUCAGCAGUGACAAAACUUCAACCAGUUGAAGUAUCUAGCGAAGUUUCGGUUCAAGAACAAUCUACAAUUGAGCCUGUAUCUGAAGAAUCAAUAACUAAAUCAGAAGAAGCACAAAAGGGUGAGGAAAAACUCACGGAACCCACUGUACCAAAAGAAGAACACGUAUCAACAAGUGUUAGCUCGAUAACGGAAGAACCUGAAGACAAAAUAACAGGAGAGCCAGUUGUAAUAGAGGAGCAUGAAUCAGAAAUUUUGCCAGAAGAAGAACUAGAGACAACACAAUUACCAAUAGGAGAAUUCGGUACAAAGUUACAGCCUAUACCAACUGAAGCACCUAUAACUGAAACUUCGGAAGAAAUUUCAGAAAAAGAUCACGAUGAAGGCCAUGAAGAAGUACAGCCACACGUCGAUACUAUUGAAUCCGAAUCUUCUUCACAGAUUCCACAGACAGAUAAAACCGAGGGCCAAGUAACUAUCGAAUCGACUGAGGAACAUUUACAGCCGGUCAAUCAUACCAUUGAAACUGCUGAGGAACCCGGCAAACCAAUUUUGGAAGAGCAUCAUGUGACAAGCACUAGCACUAUAGCACCUCAAGAAUAUCCCGAACAAACAGUGUCUGGUGAAGAUAAUUCUCACUUCCCCAUACACUCUGGUAGUUACCUUAAUCCUGAUGAAGAUUACGAUGAAGAUGAUCAGGCAAUUUAUGGUCCAGGCACUUGUAGAUAUGGUGGAAAAGUUUACAUGUCUGCUCAGCAAAUACCAAGAGAUGACCCAUGUGAUUUCUGCUUCUGCUUUAGAAGUGAUAUUAUCUGUCUUCAACAAAGCUGUCCACCACCGAUACCAGGAUGUCACGAGGAACCUAUCAGUGGUUUCUGUUGUCCUAGAUACGAGUGUCCCGUAUCGAUGGCUACGUCUCUUAACAUUACCACAACUACGACCACAACUACGACGACAUUACCCCCGCACUUUUUAACGCACGCCUAUAAAGGCGCUGCGAAACGAAACGGAUGUCUAAUUCGUGGUCAAGCAUAUAGUGUAGGCGAAACUAUUAAAUCUGCAUCCGGUCCAUGCCUUCAUUGCACUUGCGGAGGUGACGGCAACAUGAAGUGUGAUCCACGAGUAUGUUCUCCGGAACCAAUGCUAAGGCAAAUGAUCGCUGCAGCAACAGCCAGGAGAAGGAGAUGAGCCGUUCGUAAUGGUCCCCUGGAUCUAUCCCGACGAAGAAACGAAUACGAGGGAGCCAUGAAGAAAGUGUUGUAUAAAAGUGAAUUAAAAUUAUUCUAAACUAAAAUAUACCUAAACGUCGCAGAACACAGACAAUAACGUGCUUCGACGUUCACGAACCGAGUGGCCAAAACGUAAACAUUUAUAUUAUAUAAUAAUAUUAUAUUAUGUUAUAUAUAUAAAUAUAUAUAUAUAUAUAAAAAAAAGCAAAAAGAGAAAUGAAAGACAAACAAGAGCAGGUGGGAUGAUGUCAAAAGGGACAAAUAGAGGAUUUUAAUUAACGUAGUGAGGCGCGUUUCCGGUGCCAAAAACGUGGCGGAUGAAAAAUGUACUCACGAAGGAGGAAGUUUCAACGAAACAGGGAAAAACUGGAUAAAGGAAAAAAUUUUUAAGAAACACCACUUUCGUGUUGGUUCCGUACUCAUAUUUCAUUCUACGUCUCCUGCCGUUUCUUACAAAAAAAAAAAAAGUAAGGAGAAAAAAAAAUCAUAAAAACGAAAAUUACUUAAGAAAGAAAGGAAAAAAAUAAAGCCAUUGAAAUUUACGACUGUGCCUUCGUCAGUGUCGUCGAUAGCGACAUUAUUUUCAUUUAUAGCGGGGCAACUGCGGAACAGCGACAUUAGUGAAAAUCAUUAGCAUCAUUCUCUGAAGAAUCUUAACAGCAACCAUUGAUGAUAGGGUACUAGCAGUGUGAUGUGUGUGAACAAUAAAUAGAAGAAUCAGAAUAUUUUUCAUUUGGAUAAAUGAACUUCGUACAGUGACAUUAUAAUAUAUACUGGAAUCGUAAGAUGAAUAUUUUUUUAUGCUCUCAAUUCGUUUUUAACUAAUGAAUACGUUCGAAAGCAAAGUCGUAAUCACUUUUAUACACAUGAUCGCACAGGGCAUAAUAUUCUUCGUACGAUUCGUCCGCGUGAGAUCGAAAAAUCGAAAAAAAAAUAAGCGUUAAGCGUUUUUCUGCCGCGCACGUCGCUCUUGUAAUACCAUUGUAAGAAGUUAAAACAUUGGCGAUUAAAGAAGAUGGUGCGAACUCUACUCGCGAUCGAUGAAAAAAUCUUUAUCGGGUUUUGGCUGCCGCGUGUCGUGCUCAAAUGAUUGGUCCACAUAUACUCAUGUAUACGAACUUCUACGGACAUUUGAAUACGCUGGAAAUGGCACUUUUAAAAUAAUCUUAAUACAUUAAUAAAACAAAGUAAAAUAUUUCUUAUUUUGUCAAAAAAAAAAAGAAAAAAAAAAAUGACGAAAUAAGCAAAUACUCGAAAGAACGGUGCCAUUUUCUUACGUAUCCUAUUGUGCGUGCAAAUAUAUGCGUAUGUGUGUGGUCAGUCGGUACAUAUAUAUAUAUACAUACACACGUGUAUAUGUAUAUGUGUAUAUAUGUAUAUUAAAUAAUAAAAAAAAAAAAGGAAAAAAAUGGCGCACAAAAGGUAGACGAAAGUUACGUGCAAACUCAAAGCUUAAACAAGCAGCUCGCGCGGAGGACCGAUUGAGAAUUUGCUUCUCCGGCGAGCUGGCAUUAUACAUAUAUAUAUACAUAUAUAUACAUAUAUAUGUAUGUAUAAUAUAUA